GGAAGAUGACUGUUUGGAUCUUGGAGCUGUUGCGUUUGUGUUGUGUUUUCAUUUUAAAUGAGAUACAAAGCUGAGGGCAAAGGAAAAACACGCAGUUGAUCAAGAAGUUAUCAGGAGAACAAUUUUUUUGUAUGUCUGGUGCAUCCUUUUAAAUUUGUGAAUACAUUAAUUUCAGAAGCACUUAACAAUUAUCAAAUGAAUACAUACUUAUUAAUAAAUAAAUUAUAUGACUUGAAUGUUCUCUCCAAUGCAGAUAACUCAACAUUGGCUGAUAGGGGAAGUUUCAGUGUCCAUGUACAAAGCAUUGCUGUCAAAGGGAAUAUCAACAGCAGCUUUGCUGUUAAUAUAGCAGUUGAGAGCACAUCAACUAAUUUUACCCUGGAAGAAGUCAUGGUGACAUUCAUUAGUGAGAUAAAAUGCUACACUUCACAGCACUACUUCAGCCUUUCUCAUCUGAUGUACUUGAGAAUAUUUUACGUCAAAGGUAUUAUGGACCAUUGGAAUGCACAGGACUUUAUUCAUAGGAGUUUGGAGAGGAAUACACUUUUGGUUCCUACCUUUUCUCUGAUACCUGUGGAUGCUCUCGAAAAGAACACAGUGAUGCUUUUCUGUUGUUUCCUACAAAAAGCAGAAAAUGAGUCUCUAGUGGACUGAUGGUGACGAGAGGCUAGACUCAGUUGCAGAUCUAGAGAAAGGAUGGCAGAAGUCUGAACCCCACCCCCCCAUCCCCCAGACCUAUGGAUUUUUGCUUCUUGUCUGACACCAAUUCACAUGAGAAAGGCAAGUGUACAACAUAUCAGGAACAGUAAGAGUAAAACUUUGAUAAAUAAUUAUAUCUUAUUAACCAAGCGCGAGGGCCAAACUGGGAGAAUAU